AUGGCUUUGCCAGACACUGCACGUGGAUUACCCAAUGGAGGUGGUGGAGGAGGCAGUUGCACAGUGGCCAUGUCCACUGAUGUUUUGUUCCCUGAAAUAGUGGAACUAAAUGUUGGCGGACAAGUUUAUGUGACUCGACACACAACUUUAGUGUCAGUGCCGGACUCCCUUCUCUGGCGUAUGUUCUCUCAGCAGAAACCAGGAGAGUUGGCUAGGGACAGCAAAGGCCGUUUCUUCCUUGACCGGGAUGGCUUCUUGUUCCGUUAUAUCUUGGAUUACUUGAGAGACCUGCAGCUUGUUCUGCCUGAUUACUUUCCAGAAAGAAGUCGCCUACAAAGAGAAGCUGAGCACUUUCAGUUGCCUGAACUAGUAAAACGCCUGAGCCCUCUGCGAAUCAGUAAGGACAGCUCCAUAGGAGGUGAAGAGCCUCCUCUGCUCCUCACACCAGCAGCAGGUCAAGAUUCUGAUUUGGACACAGCAGGCAUUCCAGCCUCAUCAUCUCCUGCAGCUGGGGUCCCCUCCCCUACUUUAGAUCCAUAUCGUUUUAAUGCAUCCUCUUCUUGCAGUCCUGCCUCAGUUCCUCGCCUCACUCCAUCCCAGUCACUUGAAGGUAGAAGAUCUGGAUAUAUAACAGUUGGCUACAGAGGUUCCUAUACCAUAGGAAGGGAGGCACAAGCUGAUGCUAAGUUCAGAAGAGUGGCACGCAUCACUGUCUGUGGCAAAACCUCUCUGGCUAAAGAAGUGUUUGGCGAAACCUUAAAUGAAAGUCGGGAUCCUGAUAGACCUCCUGAGAGGUAUACAUCCAGGUACUACCUUAAGUUUAACUUUCUGGAGCAGGCUUUUGACAAGUUAUCUGAAGCUGGCUUCCAUAUGGUGGCAUGCAGCUCCACAGGGACAUGUGCAUUUGCCAGCAAUGACCAGAGUGAGGACAAAGUGUGGACCAGCUACACUGAAUAUGUCUUCUGCAGAGACUGA